CCAACCUUGGGAAGUCACACAGGGAGCUUCAAGAAUCUUCUUCAGCUCCAACGGUUGCCCAGGUCCUUGCUGUCUAUCAUAAAGAUGGGUUUGCGGAAGGCACGAGCUGGGAAAGAAGGGAGUUGAAGAUGCCAACGACCUGCUCUUGGGAAAACCACCAGCCAUAACUCGUCGUUUGGGCUUCUUCGGUCAAUCUCGACGGAAGACUACCAGAACCUUCUAGAAGGUGGUGUCCUCCACGGUGCCCUGCUUCAGUGUCCCCAAGGUGUCCUGUUGUGGUGUCCCCAGGUUGGGAGCUUCCUGGAUUACCCGCCCUUGACUCGGCCAGACAAGCCCUUCACGUUAGUAGUGAUAGGCAGAUUCUGCGCUGGUUCUGACCGACAGACAGUAGUGGCUUCGGUAGAUCAUAUCUCUCUGGGUAUAGCUCGGAAUUGGGAAAACAAUAUCUUGUUAGAACCGGGAGAAGACAAGCUUUCCAAUGGUACCUUAUUUGCCCGAAGAUGAUCCUGGAUCAUCGAGAUAUUGGUCUCUGAUCAGAGAUGCAUUUCUUGUGUAUGCUGGCCGAUUAGCCUGAGGAUGCCGAGAAUUAGGCCUGGGUUCUCAGACGCAUUUCUCCUCAACCACAGCUCGGAUUUGGGUUCUCAAUAUCUGGUUGGAAAGCCUGAGAUGUCAGGGUUCUAAUGGUACCAGCGAGAGAGUGAGAUCUGAGCAGAGCUGUGCGGUUGGGACUGGCGAGCUGGAACUGUUCUGCGGCUGCCGGCCUGUUUCCAGAAUAUCAGGGCCUCUGAGAAACGUCUACAGAUUUUGACUUCCAGCUCCGUUCUUUGCAUGCAGUAGCUUGCUGGAAAGCUGGGGAAGUCAAGAAGAGAACGGCACUGGUUUCUCUAGAUUCUGAUGGAGGAAUCUCCAGAUAUGGCCCAAAGUGCAGAGAGCAUUUUGCUGCCACUAGGACAGCGGAGGGGGCAGGGGUUAACUUGGCUGGUUGCACGGCUCUGAGUUCGCGCCUCAUCCUUGGCUGAUGCAACCUCCCUUGCAUCCUGAAGGCCUUGGGAGUCCAAAGGUGGCUGCUCUUCCGGCUUGGCCCUGGUUGGCUGCUGUUUUGGGGCAUGGUGGCUGGGCAUGGCUCGACCCGCAGGGUCGUCCAAAUUUUGGCUCGUAACAGGCCGUGUGGCGCCGUCUUCUCGGCCAGUGCCGAGAGCUUUGGCUGUCCCGGAGGAAGGUCCGUAACAAUACCCAAAAGUCAAGCAGUCCAAUCUGUUGAACAACAGCCUGGGUUAGCGAGCUGCAUGUGGCUUGUUGCAUGUUAUUGAACUGCAACCCAAUAACUGGGACCGAAGCCGGAUUGGCUUGUAAACACAGAGAGGGAACCGGGUCGACGUCUCGACGAGAACCCGAAGGUGGAAGAAGCUUGGGCGGCAAGCCACGGUGCUUGCCAUCUCCGCCCACAGGAAGUCACAGAGCGGGGCCUCGUCGUCGCAUGAGGUUUGUUGGCGCUCUUUCUAUUCGGUUUCAUCCGCCGGAUUGUGGCAGUGAUCGGAGUGGGGGAAUUCAGAAAACCAAGGCGAGUGGGAGGCGGUCUCCUAAUUAGCUGUGCUCUCUGUCCUCGCCAGUCUUCUAUCUGGCUGCCUUGCCGGCGAGCGGUGCUUGUGGUGCCAUCAUGUUUAUUCGCCGUUCAUUGCGUGGUUUACUUCACGUCUCUACCAAGGGUGGCGGCGGCAGUACGUUUGUUUCCUCCUCUGGUGCUGCGGCGUCCCUGGCUACCGCUGCUGCCAGUGGCGAAGCCCUCGACUAUUCCUUGCUCAGAGCAGGGGCUCAUUUCACCUCAUGCGAUCUUCGUCCCGCCAUUGGACUCUUCCGUCAUUACAUUGCCGUCGGAAAGUUUGGCUCUGUGGUCGCUCCAUCCAAAAACAGAGGACAGAAUUCAACAUUUAUCUUUAGAACUUUAUCUAGCGCUGCGGUAAAACAUGAGUCUUCUCACAAUGAUCCAACUGAAAAGUCAACAUCUGGAGAAGAGAAAAGGGGCUCAGAUGCGAGUGGACCUGCAGGAAAGCCAGUCCGUGGCGGGCCAAUUUCAUGGUUGAGUUUUUUAUUACUUGCCCUUACUGGAGCUGGACUAGUAUAUUACUAUGACAAGGAGAAGAAACGCCAUAUUGAAGAGCUAAAGGCAGCUUCAAUUACAGUGAAGCAAGGGCCAUCUAUAGGCAAGGCAGCUAUCGGGGGUCCCUUCAAGCUAGUGAAUCAUGAAGGAAAGUCUGUAACUGAAAAAGACUUUAUGGGGAAAUGGACUGUCAUAUACUUUGGCUUUACACAUUGCCCUGAUAUUUGCCCAGAGGAGCUACAGAAGCUAGUCAUGGCAAUUGAUGAAAUAAAAAAGAAAGCUGGAAUAGAAGUUGUGCCUGUCUUUAUAUCAGUAGAUCCAGAAAGAGAUACUGUUGAGCAAGUUCGUGAAUAUAUUGCAGAAUUUCAUCCAGCAUUGAUAGGGCUAACUGGUUCAGUGGAUGAGAUAAAGGAAGUUGCCCGUGCUUUUCGUGUUUAUUACAUGAAAACAGAGGAAGAGGGAUCUGAUUAUCUUGUUGAUCAUUCCAUUGUCAUGUACUUGAUGGACCCUGGUAUGGAGUUUGUGAAAUUCUUCGGGAAGAACCAUGAUGUGGAUUCACUUACUGAUGGUAUAAUUAAUGAAAUAAAGCAAUAUAAGAAGUGAACACAAGUUCACGGCAACUAUUUUAGAACUGUUUCCUUUUCUGCCACCGUCAUUCACAGGCUUGUUAGUGCAAUUUUCUUGGCUAUUCUGUCCGGUAAAUUGGCGUUCGGUAUUUGCAUUAAAGGUUAACUGGGAUAUUUAUUGGAGGAUCUGAAUGUUGCAUGCCUGUCCAUUUGAACAUUUAAUAGUUCAUAUUGUAAGGAACACAUAGUAAUGAUAACUUGCUCCAUUUUCCUUUGGGGGCUUCAUGUAGCGGCUCCAAUGUAGUCUGUACGUGUCAUUCCAAGCGCUGGAAAAUGUAAGGAUGUGGAGGUUGCCACUGAAGUUGUCAAAUAUGGGUGUAACUGGAACUGAUCGAGUUAAAACAUUUUUGUAUUUGGUGCUUUACAUUUUGCCAGUCCGUAAUAAAAAUACUUGUGGUCGGGGAGUUA